AUACUUUACUGAAAGAAGCUACUUUUCAAGUCUUUAAUUUUUACGCUCUGCAAACUGAUGCCAAGGCUGGCUGUUGGGUACACCAGUAGCAGCAGCAUCAGAAACACAUAUGCUGAGCAGAGCAGGAGCCUGUAAAUACAGGUCUGGAAAGGGAGGAGUAAGACAGAUACAUCCUUAGUUUUGUAUCAUUUGUGUGCCUGACUUGGUCUAUCUGGGGCCCUGAACAUCGACUGCAAAUGCAAAAGUGCUGAUCUGUUUUAAAGUUUAAUAUCAGGAACUCACCAUAAAUAAUACACCAGCACAAAUGCAUCUGUGAGAGGUAUUUAAAGCCAUGAAGGAUGUAAGAUUCUGUUUUUCUGUACAUGCUGUCUCCUACUUAGAAAAAAAUGGUAAAUUUACAGUGAUAACUGCACCAAGAUUCUGUCCAGGAAAAUUAAAUUUAUGAACUGGCUACAUAAAACUUCAGUUUCUCUCUAACAGGAAAUUACUCUAAGAUUCACAGCAAAAUCCUCUGCUGGUUUGGGAGCUUGAGUUUAAAAUAAAUAAAUCCAUUAACAUCUGUAAUUGCUUAUAGGAAAGGCUGACCCAUGAAAGUGUGUAACCAGCAUUCCUCAGCCUUGCAUGUCUGCAGCCAAGCCAUUUGAGAAAACAAUCUCGCAUGUGUUUUUCCUGCUUUUUGAGUCUUUCUGUGCCCAGAGUUUUACUGGAGAAACUGAACCACAGCUGCUGCCAUUCCAAGUGAAACACUCUGGUUUAGGCUUGAAAGAAACAGGUUUUGGGAGCAAUAUAAAACCUCUGUUAAAAUAGCCAGAACCAGACUGAACUUAGGAGUAGGAAGAAGAGGACAAUCAAAAUGUCUAAGAAUAGAGAUCUAGUUUUAAUGUCGCCUGGGGGUUGAUGGCAUUUCCAUCUGGACAUUGUACCCAGUGCUGUUCCAAGUAACCCCUAGCUAGUCCUGCUGUUCUUACUGUAGCUGAAAAGGUUAAGAAACUAGUUUAAAAAUACCAUUUGUUUAGUCUGUUUACCUUGUGCAUAUGACAGCAGUUUGUGAAAUAUGGUCAGUGCCAUGGUUUGAGUACUUGGAGGACAAGUUCAGUAUUAGUUGGCAGGAGAGCUAAUCCUGAAGGUGAGCAGGCAUGGAGAUAAGAGGAGAGAAAGGAUCAACAUGUUUGGUAGAAUUGUUCUCAGACUUGUCCCAGAAACCCUUUUGGAAUGCCAGAAACUGCCUUUAUUUGCUUCUCAAAAUGAGGUCGGGCUCUCCUCUUUAAAGCUGUGGUGCCGCAAAGCAGAAUUUUACAUUCUAGAAUAGCUGCUUGAUGUGAAGGACUUUUUUUUUUCUCCCUGCUCCAUUUGCUGGUCUUGUGUUAUAUAAAUGUAAGUAUGAAUGCAUAUAAAAAAGGGACAGUCUCAAAUCCUGAGCUGCAGGACAAAAGCCUACCCAGUAUCAGAUACCUGUUUUGAAAGCUUUCUCUUCUUUCCUCAUGUAGCUUGUGCAUGUCUGUAGUACAAUUAUAGGGAUGGUGUUUUGGGUCAGUACGUGCUUUUUCUAAUCAUACUAUUUUAUGCAAAUCCUUUCCUCCUUCAAAGUUCUACACCAGCCUGUCCCACACUGCAUCUGCAUAUACCAUCCUACAUAACCACCUUUUUUAUUUCUUUAUUUAAGGGCUUUUUAAGUGUCUUUCUAAAGCACUGUAGCACAUCAUGAAGCUUCUGCACAUGCUGUGCACAAACUGGGGUGCUUAACUUGUGAAAGCAGGUGGGGUCCAUGGCAAAUGUGCUCUACUAAAUGGCUGUGAAUUAACUGUGGAAGAAUGAGCUGUCGGAACAGCACAGAAGUGCCCACUCUGUUGACCUCAUUGAAGUCUGGAGAAUGGACAUUUCUGAUACGGUGGAGGGGAAUUGGUGAAGAUAGCAGGUCACAGAUGAUGAACUGAUUCUGGUAUCUCCUCCUGCCUUCCAGUCCUCACAGUGUCGUUAGGCCACAGUGUUUCUGGACCCUGCAGGCCAAUGGAUGAACAGGACAAUGAUUUUAAAGAGCUGUGGGCAAAUAUUUUGGGUAGAGGGAAGAAAAAAACUGGGGAUACUGAGGCAGCAAAAAGGGCUCAGAACAGGACAAAGAGCACUGCAGCAAGAAGCAAAUCAAGAAGAGGCAAAGCUGCUGCUAAGAGCCAAAACAAUCAUUGCUUACCAGCUGUGAAGGAGACAUACUUUCCUCAAGAUUUGGGACCAAAGGAAGAAACAUUGGUGCACAAAGAAGACGGUGAUGCUGUGGCCUGUAAUGGUGGUGAGGCUGUACAAGGGGGUGGAAAGAGAAACCCUCUCUCUGCCAGCCAGCCAAGUCCAGUAACCAAUGAGUGUAGCCAGAGGACUCUCUCAGUAAAUACUCUGCGUGGCUGUUCCCAGACUACGUUAUCCUUCUGUCCUGCUACACAGCCAGGGACCUGCUCUUCACCCACCUCAAAGGUACCACCACUUGCAGGGUCGAAGAUGCGGGUAGCAGAGCUGGUAGUGGAGAGAAUGCAGCAGUUCAAGAGAGUGGCACCUGAGCAGCUAAAACACAGCACAGGCGAUGGCUUGCUAAAGUUUGUAGCCAAUGGAGGUUUCCCUGAUGAAAGCAAGGAGCAGAACCCACCAGAGGAUGAUAUCCACCAUCUUCCCUCCAUGGAACAUGACGGUGCUCUGGCUUUGGAUCUUCAGCAGGAAACCAAAGGGGAAGCCCUGGCAAGCCUGGAAGAUGCAGGCUUGUUUUUUUGUCAGAUCUGCCAGAAGGAUCUCUCAGCCAUGAACACAAAGCGACGAGAGCAGCAUGUUAACAGGUGUCUGGAUGAGAUGGAAGAAGCACAGAUGUCAUCCUCCAGCAAACCACUGGUCCCUGAAUGUCCCAUCUGUGGGAAGCAGUUCCAAACCCCACAGAGCCGAGUCAGUCAUCUGAAACGCUGUGCUGUCGAGAUGGACGUGCCCCCUAAGAUGCUGCUUCAGGCAGUGCAGUUGCAGGUUUCCACCCUUGGUGAGGCACCUCUUCAGUGUCCCAGCAAUCAACCAAGCAGAUCAAAGCGAAAAGGCUCCUCCAAAGAGGCCUCGAAGAAAAAGCAUAAGAGGGCCAAAAUGGAGACUAAGGAUGAAGAUUUUCUGGUCGCUAUGGCAAUGUCACGCUCUCUGUUGGAGCAAGAAAAGCAGGAACAAGCAAAAUCAGUGACAAACGUGAAACCAGUGGCUGCUUUGCCAAUCAAAUGGAAGCCAGGAUCAGAGAAAAAACAGCGUAAAAGAGGCCCAACUGCACCUCCACCAUUACUACUUCAGGACCCGGAGAAGGUCCACAAAAGGAUCCAAGAGCGAGUAGCAAUGCUGCUUGCAGAAGAGGUCGAAUUUCCUCCCACACCUCAGCUUCCCACUAGUAGGAUUUUGGAGAACGAAUCUGGGAAAGCAACCUGGCUUUUGCCAUUGUCUAAAGCCAAGGAGUCCUUUUUAUGGAAUAUCAGUGCUCUGACAGGACAUUAUAACCCUGAAUCAUUCUACACUGCUGCAUUAACCCCUCCAAUUGUACCUUGGAAGCCUGUGCAGAAUCAUAAGCUUGAUAUCCUUCUGCCAUCAGUGGGAUCUGAUCAGCCAAAAGUAUCCCAGCAAAUUCAGCCUGAACUCAGUUCUCAUGAGCCCACUUGCACAGAGGCUGGAGGCCAAACUUCUUAUGAAUUCAAGUCAGGCUCUGAAGGAGAUGGGCAGUUUUUAUCUCUCAGCCAGAAGGAUGCGCAAAUCCUGGAGGACCUCGUUGACUUGGCCACGGAAGGACUUACCCUUACUCAGUGGAACCUUGAUGCUGGGCACGUACAGGAAGCAGAGCAACCAGGAAAAGAAAUGACUUCCAGUGAUACUCCACAUAGUGGUUUCUUGCCCUCAUCCAAAGAGAAGAGCCUUCUGAUGAGCAGCUGUAAAAAAUCCUCCCUCAGGUUGCUGGCUGAAGAUUUUGGUGCAAUGAUCAACAACCCCCACUUAAGUGAUGUCCAGUUCCAGGUGGACUGUGGGGAAGUCCUUUAUGCCCACAUGUUUGUGUUGUACGCGCGAUGUCCACAGGUCAUCCAAGUUGUUCACAGCCAAGGGUUCUUAGUGGAGGAGGACGGGAACGCACAGACACGCCGUGUACUGCUGAGUGACGUGACAGCAGAGGCAGUGUCUGCAUUCCUUCGGUACCUUUAUGCUGCUGAUGCUGACAUCCCUGCUGGGGUGCUGCCCCAGGUGCACGCUCUGGCUGCCAGGUUUGGUGUGAUGGAACUGAUGGCAAAGUGUGAAAGCAACACUGGAGAGAGUCAGGUGUCUUCUGGAGUGGAUUCAGAAGAUGAUCUUAUCUCUGUGACGGAUGGCAAAGAUUGUGAGGACAGAGUUGAGAACUUCCAAGACCUCUUGAAGUCGAUGUGGGUGGGUGAAGAUGAGGAGGAAGCAACUAUGCUGAACCCUGAAUGCCAGAAGGAAGAUGGGGUGGGUGAACAGGAGCUGGAGGAAAUUUAUGAGUUUGCUGCAACUCAGAGGAAAAUGGUUCAAGGUGAAACAGAGGGGAGUGAGGGAACAGACUGCAGCAUCUGCAGUGAUACUGAGGCAGCCCAGGGUACAAAUCAGCAAACUAAGGAGGAAGAGGUAAAGAGAUCUAAAUCUGCUUUAAUAAGCAACAGCUUCAAAGACUUGAGCGAUGACAGUGAUGUGGAAAAAUCUAAAUGUGACUCGUCUGCACAGGAAGAGAAAAUGCAGGAUAUAAAUAGGUGCAAGAGGAUGAAUGAUCUACAGACCACUUUUGUGCCUCACCACAGUGAACCUCAAAAAUGGGACAUAGCAUCCCAUGGUGCCACAACUAAUGAAGGAGAGACUGUUAAGCAAUGUGAAGGUGUGAAGGAUAACAAGUCAUCUCAGGUCUCACAUGACGAGGCAGAUCACUGUGAAAAACAGUUACCAAGUUUCCACAAUGAUACUAAUAGAAAUGAAAGUUAUGAACGCUUGCUUUCUCAGGGAACUCAGGGAAGUUACUGUAAGCCUUCUCCAUUGAAAGAAGUUAUCAAAGAAUCAGGGAAGGCUCCUAGUGAAAAACAUGUUGAUGAUUCAUUUCUGUACAGCAAGUCACAAAAAGAUCUCUCUCCACACAGGAACAGUUUUUGUUGGAGUCCUCUUCCCAAACCUUAUGUGCCCCUUUUUCCCGCUGUUGGCUCUUCACCUGCAUCUCCAAAAUCGGAGAGAAGGUUUGCCAGCGAGCAUAUGUCAACAGCAAAGCAAAACAAAGAGGAAAAAUCAUUCCCAUCUGGUGAAAUAAGCUUUCAGAAAGCCAGCGAGCUGGAUACUGCAUCAAGAAACAAGAACAUCAUUUCUCCAGCAAAGCUUCCCCACAUUGAUUUAAACAAAGAUAAAUAUGUCCCAGUGUUGUCAUCAUUGAUCAUCAGAACUCAGGAUGCUGCAGCUCAGGGGAACAAGGAGGGUGAUGUUAUUGUUUUAUCUUCUGAUGAUGAAAUGGAAUUACAGCAAGACAAGAAGUGGCCAGAGUCAGGCUUUGCUCUAAAGAAAAUGGAAAUCUCUGAGCAAUUAAAAUGUUCAAAUGUAGAACAAGGUCCUGAGAUAGCAAAACCUGAACAGAACUCAUCAGUCACUGAAACAGAGCAAAGAUCACCCCAGGUCUCACGUGGCAUUACAGAUAUGGUGCAUAUAAGCAAUGAUGUAAAGAUGUCCAUCAGAUUGUCUCCCAGCAGACAAGUAGAUGCUUGUAUGGAGAGCAAACAGAGUCCAAACGUGAGCCCUGAAAAGAGGCUCCGUCAUGAAAUGUCUUCAGGUACAGACAGCUCCUGGCUAGUACCAGACACACCAGUUCUGAGCAAAAGCAGAAGCUUCUCAACACAGACUCAGGUCUCAGGUAUUAAUUCUUUAAAAAGUCCAGGAUCUAAACCCAGCACAAAGAACUUCGCAGCAGGUAACAGUAACCAUGAAAUGACUGGAAAUUCAAUAAAAGUUCAUGAAACGACAUUGUCAGACAUACAUUUGCCUAUGGAGAACAGAGUCAGUGAAAGGAGCCCUCCCAGCAGCCCAACGGUGGAAUCGUUUUCCAUUAACUCCCCCCCAGUUUCUCCAGAGGAUCCAGUUCUGCUCUCCCCUGGCCACACUGACAUAAAAAGCAAAUGUGCCAAGAUUUCAUCUUUAUCCAAACCUGUGCCUCAAUGCCAUGAGCAGUCACUGGAAGAUAAAAUAAAUACCAGUGUGGUUGAGGUAGAGGAUAAUGAAAAGGAGAUAAGUCUGCCUUCUUUGAGCAGCAGCGUCUUGCUUUGUGAUGAGCCCCCAGUCCCCACUGAUGAUUGCUGGCAUGUUGAGUAUGUGUCACCAGUCAGAGGUAACAGCCAGGAUUCCAGCCAGGUCAGCCAUGCAAAGACCAGCACCACCAGCAGCCCCAGAGCUGGCUCUUGGCACAAGCAAUGGGAGAGCCCAGCCCAUGUGCAGGAAAUUAAAGGCAGUACCCCCCUUCAAGGAAGUCCUGUUGGCAGAACAACUUUGUUCUGUCUUGAGAAGAGUCCUAUUGAGGCAUGUUCAUCCGUGGGCAAUAGACCAAGUUACUUGAACUCCAAAAUCUGGGAUGACUGGAAUGGAGAACAUGAAGAAGAUGAAUUUCCAGAGAUGCUUCCUCUGUCUCACAGGUUGUCAGCUGCAGCACGUGCACGUCAGACAGAUGCUGUAAAGACUCCUGAACCUUCCUGUCAGGAGAAUGACAAGUCUCCCAGCACUCCAGUGACACCAAUGCCAGCUUACUCCAUGAUGGAGACCCCCCAGCUGAAGAAGGAGUUGAGCAGAUUUGGAGUUCGCGCUCUCCCAAAGCGCCAGAUGGUGUUGAAGCUGAAAGAGAUAUUCCAGUAUACUCACCAGGACGUGGACUCUGACUUUGAGGAUGAAAUCCCGUCUUCCCAGUCUCCCCUGCAGAAGUCCCCAGCCAAACACUCCAGGCAGCCAAAGGCAGACCAGGCAGGAGGUGGAAAGCGUGCCAGUGCCUUGAGGACUGUGGGCAAAAGGAAGCAGGUUGCUGUGGCUUCUUCAGUGCUUGCAGUGGAGAGGGCUGAUGAUGACCUUGUUGGAUCCCAUGAAACUCUGUGCAGCACCCAAGGAGGUACACAAGGCUGUGCAGCACCCAAGGAGGGGACUAAAAUGGCACAUCACCCAGAAGGAGAUAAAGAACAGAAAAAGUCAUCUGCAUCUCUAGAGAGAUGGUCUGUGGCAGCUGAUGGUGAGGAACCAAUGUUCUCAGCAUCUCAGGAGUCCACAGUUUCUUCAUUGGAUGGUAGCGACAUCUCCUUUGGUUCACAGAGUUCUUUCAUGAAUGGAUUUGAAGCCUGUGCUUUUCAGUCUGAGGAGGACGAAGAGGAAUUUACAGCAUCUCAGGCAGCAUCUCAGGAAGAAGAAAAGAUGGAGGCAGUAAGGUGCUAUAUCCGCUCAAACACAGCCCUGUACAACAAGAUUCUGUUCUAUGAGCCAAUUGAGCUGGCUGAUUUGCACAGAGAGCUCAAACAGAACGGCAUUAAAAUUUCCAAGGCAAAGCUGCUAGACUUUUUAGAUGCUCACUGUAUCACAUUUACCACGGCUGGAGCCCGGAAAGAGAUAGAGAAGAAAAAGGAUAAAAAAAGACGGAGGAGACGAUACUGAAUGGAGCCCAUUCCUCCAUCCUGAAAAUCUCCAUGGAGCCUUCUCGACGAGCUGGAAACGCUGCUCCCGGCUGGAGCUGGUGGCGGUGCUGUGAUCGGCGGGUGCGCUGCUCCUCCUGGUGGCCUGCUUUCCAAUGACAUGCUGCGGAGUGGGUCUGAACGGAGCUCCCUGUCCAAGCCCUCUAUCCCCAGCUGCACAAAUUCCCCCAGUCUCAGUCCUGCCUUCAGCACACAGCUUGCCUGGAGCCUCUUUUUUCCUCCGAUUUUCCUCCUGUGCCUUUUGUUUUCUCUCCAUUUUUCUAAUAGGAUUUACGUCCCCAACUUUUCUUUAUGUUGGUGCUUCUAGGGGCAGGUGCUUCCCACAGUGACACCUACCAGGACGUUUUCCCUGGCAUUGGGCUGUGAAACACUUCACCCUUCAAGUUCUAGUACUGAGUAGAAUAACCCAGCUGCAAUAAAUAAGACUCCUUUACCCUGUGUAAAGCACUGAGUGGCUA